AUGGGUUCCAACGCGGGAUUGACAACAGAUCAGGUUAAGCUUAUCAAAGCUACAGUACCAGUUCUGGUCGCGCACGGUGGCACCAUCACUAGUGUUUUUUACGACAAUCUCAUCCGGGAAAAUCCUGACCUGAACAACGUUUUUAACAUCCCCAAUCAACAAAAUGGUCACCAGUCUCGCGCACUUGCCGGUGCAUUAUUCGCAUACGCCUCCAACAUCGACAACCUCGGCGUCUUAACUCCAGCUGUGGAAUUGAUCUGCCAAAAACAUGCAUCUCUUUACAUCCAGCCCGAAUCCUACAAGGUCGUUGGCAAAUACCUCCUCGAAGCAAUGGGUCAAGUUCUCGGUGACGCCCUCACCCCCGAAAUCAAAGAUGCCUGGGCGACAGCAUACUGGCAAUUAGCCAAUAUCAUGAUCGGUCGCGAACACCAGAUCUACGAAGAGAGUGAGGGGUGGACUGAUUGGCGUGAAUUCGAGAUUUCCAAGAAGAUCAAGGAGUCCGACGAGAUCAUCUCAUUCUAUCUCGCCCCUGUCGACGGCAAGCCGCUGCCUGCUUUUAACCCGGGACAAUAUAUCUCAGUGCAGGUCUAUGUACCGAAAUUGGGAUACCUCCAGCCGCGCCAGUACUCACUCAGCGACAAGCCGAACUCGGAAUACUACCGGAUCAGCGUGAAGAAAGAAAAGGGAACAGGGACCCACGCGACCGCUCAUCCUGGUUACGUUUCGAAUCUCCUACACGAUUCUUUUAACCAGGGCGAUAAGAUCAAGGUUUCGCACCCCGCUGGUGAUUUCUUCCUCUCAACCGACGACUCCACCAACCCGGUAGUACUGAUCUCCGCUGGCGUUGGUCUCACCCCUCUCACAUCCAUCCUCAACACAUUGACCUCCAAGCCAUCCGAGCGCAAACUACACUUCAUCCACGGCUCGAGAACAUCAAGUGUUCGCGCUUUCAAAGAGCACGUCACGUCGUUGACAAAGACCUACCCCACUCUCCAGACAACCUUCUUCACCACCCAGCCAUCCGCAGAAGACAAGGAGGGGAUGGAUUACACCUACGCCGGACGUGUGGAUCUGAACAAGCUCUCCAAGGACCUCUUCAUCGACAAUCCAACAACAAAAUACUAUAUCUGCGGACCUGAGAAGUUCAUGACAGACAUGGAAGCGGGUCUGAAAUCCCAGGGAGUCAAAGCAGAACAGAUCAAGAUGGAGCUUUUCGGAACGGGCGGUAUCGCGCAAUAG